ACCAGCGUUAGCAGUAAGCCUGUAUAGUAAAUACUCACAUCAUUCGUCCCAGUAAACCCGUUCUUUUAUCCACAAGACAGUCUCUACAAUGGCCUCUCCUGGUCCUGAUCCUCAAAAACGUUUUUACGGUCAACUGGCUUCAGGUGCCCCGUCAACGACAAGCCUGCUGCCCCCAUCUGCUAGAGGAAGUCCGGCUGGCGUACAGGCCACAUUCGCCAGAGGUCCUCCUUCGCUACGUAGUAUGGCGAGCGUGAACUCUUUGAACGAGUCACCUUAUAAUAGCGCAGCCGCAGGCCGGAUAGCAUCGCUUCCAGGAGGACAGUCUAUUUCCGACAAGUUUUCGCUCUCGCCUGAUCCGUCUUCAUGGGGGGCCGAUAUCUCUCCCAAUCAUCCGGAACCCGAUGACUUUCUCCACAACCCCGACCCUCGUAGGGAUCAUAGGAAAGACCGAGGAGGUAGUAUUCUCACUUACAGAGGUUUUGCCAAUUUGGGCUGUUUGAUAGUCCUCUCCCUCGGUCUGCUCACUCUUUUUGGAGGAUACCCAUUAAUAUCGCAUUUCACCGCAAACCGUAUUUCGUACGGUGGUGGAUUUAAUAUUGGUGGCAUCAACGCUAGUGGGCAGGUCCCAGCUAUACCUAACAAUUUCGGGUUAAUCGAUAACGAUACUCCGUCAGACGCACAUACCAUCAAAUCUUUUGCGGAUGGAUCUGAAUGGCAGUUAGUUUUUAGUGAUGAGUUUAACCAGGACGGGCGAACAUUUUGGCCUGGAGACGACCCCUAUUGGGAGGCGGUAGAUCUCCAUUACUGGCAGACUGGAGAUCUAGAGUGGUACUAUCCCGAAGCUAUCACCACUAGCGGCGGCGCAUUGCAAGUCCAGCUAUCAGAAAAACAAAUAAACAACCUUGAUUACCAGGGUGGCAUGAUGACUUCGUGGAACAAAUUUUGUUUCACAGGUGGCAUGGUUUUAGUAUCAGUCAGCUUACCCGGCUAUAAUAAUGUAUCUGGAUUAUGGCCCGCUAUUUGGACGAUGGGAAAUCUUGGUCGUGUGGGAUAUGGCGCUUCAACCGAUGGGACAUGGCCUUACAAUUAUGACGCAUGCGAUGUCGGAACGGCACCUAACCAAACGCACGAUGGGAAGCCACUGGCUGCACUUGAGAAUGGCGACCCAUAUAAUGGGAAUGUUCUAUCCUACCUCCCAGGUCAGCGCCUGUCAAGAUGUACUUGCCCAGGUGAAUCGCAUCCGGGACCUAUGCAUUCCGAUGGAACAUAUGUCGGACGUGCAGCUCCUGAGAUCGAUAUUUUCGAGGCUCUUCUUUUAGAUGGCCAGGGUGCUGUUUCUCAAUCUGGACAGUGGGCGCCCAUGAAUGCGGAAUACGAUUGGUUCAAUACUACUGGAAACUACGUGAUCCCCAACCCUGCUAUCACUUCACAGAAUACUUACUCCGGUGGUGCUUAUCAACAAGCUACGUCAGCUUUAACGAAUCUCACUGAGCAACAGUGCUACACUAACGAAACGGGGUGUUACCAGACUUUGGGUAUUGAAUUCAAACCAGGUUAUACACAGGACGAUGCGUAUAUCAGCUGGAUUGCUAACGACGAAGUUGCAUGGACAUUGGAAGCCAGUGCAAUGGCUGCUGAUUCUCGUGUGGAGAUUUCAGCUAGGCCCAUUACACAAGAGCCCAUGUAUAUCAUCUUCAAUUUGGGACUCUCGCCAAGCUUUGCUUACAUCGACACUGAUAAUUUACCAUUCCCUACUGUCAUGAGCGUGGACUGGAUUCGUGUGUAUCAACCUAAGGACUCUAUCAACGUCGGUUGUGAUCCGGCAGACUUCCCUACAGCUGCUUAUAUCAACGAAUAUACGGAAGCUUACACGAAUCCGAACCUCACAACGUGGACAACAGAUUAUAAACAGACUUUCCCAAAAAAUAGUUUCUUGGGGCAGUGCUAAGGACCUUGAGUGGCCCCACCUCUAAUUGUUGACUUCCGUCGUCUGCACAUCUAGCAAUCAAAUGAUAGUGUGUUCUACUCCUCUACCCAUGUUGUCUGUUGUUUGUUGAGGCGUCUUUGUUCGUUCUUUUAUCGCUUGGUAUUUUGCCAUUACCCAUUCCAUACGUUUUUACUACAUUCUGCCAUUUCGGAACGAUUAAGAAUUUUCUUCACUGGCUUUUCGUGGAAAGAUUACUUAUACCUGGCUAGCCCAUUUUCACUGCCAUACAGGUGUUCCCUAGAGCAUUUAAAGCGCUUGUAGAGUUGAUUGAUCUAAUCUUUAGACGUUGCUGGGAUCUUGCUCUGUUCAUGGAUUUCAUGGGACUACUUUGAUUUCAAUAUAUGCUCACGUAGGAUAGUAGGCUUGACAUGCUGAGGCAAACAUGAUAUCUAUUUACGUUUUAUUUUGAAGUUAUAAUAAUUGUUUACCGCAAAGAAAAUCUACAAUGAUACAAUUCCAA